AUGGAGCGGCGAAGACAGGAGGAGCAACGAAGACGACAGCAGGAGGAGAGGAGGCGCCAGGAGCAACUGGAGAGGGAGAGGAGAAUCCAGCAAGAAAUCGAAAGAGAGUGCGAACUUUCGGGUAAGAAGGUGUCAAAGGGACGAGAAAAGCUGAGACAGAAGCUGAGUCUUAAAGGACAACAGCGCCAUCACCAGCGUACACAAGUACUACACCAGAUGAUAGAAGAUGAUGCUGCAGCAAUCGUAAGGGAUGAGGUAUGAGAUAUUUAAAAGGGUUGUAGAAUUUGUUUUAUUUUGCAUUAAUGAUUUUGUGUUUAGCAUUAAUGUUGCGUUAACUUAAUGAUAAACAUAUUAUUAUAUUUUUCUGAAAAUACAGUUUCUCAUAUUUACAUAGAGUUGCCAAUUUACAUGGGACCACCACUAAUAGAAAAAGUGUUUCUAGUAUGACACAUACAUAUUUUAUUGCAUCUGUACUAAAACAUUCCUUUUCUUUACACUUUUUUGUGUUGGAACCAUUUUAUUCUAGCCAGGGCACUUGAAAAAUAAGUUUGAAGAGCUUCUGAAGAAGUACAAGAUCACUGAAGACAAAAGCAUGCAAGAGGACAUACUUGAAAACCGAAUGAAAAAUCUUCAGAAUGAGCUAAGCCUUCAAUACUUUGGAGAGCCUCAACUGUCCAUCUGGUGUCAGUUGACCAUAGAUCGUGCUAUCAGCCAAGGAGAGCAAUCACUCACCGAGAGGUUUAGCAUCCUCACGGCUGUGGCAGAGCUAACGUUGACCAACGACUCGGACACAGACAGUAGAGAGGUCCAACUACCUGACUGGGACCAGAAGUAUGACUUUCUCAUCCGUCUUCUUGAACAGCUGUACAGCACCAAAUUUCACAUUUUGGAAGCCGGAGUGGAGUUGGGUAUCUAUUCAGAUGAAGAUUUUGACAUGUUCAUGCAAGCUCUAGAGAACGCAGAGAAACACGACGAUACAACUGAGAACAGGAAAACUGUUGAUACAUUCAUGGCCAAAGUUGGAAUUACUCAACAGUGUGAUCUGCUCACCAUCAUGGAGAAAGCACUGGAGAAUGAUGUGGCCAUUGACUGUUACUCUGUGACAAACAAUAAAGUCGUGCUGGUUGAGGAGAAAAAGUUGCACAACAACCCUGAUAUCCUGGAAAUCAAAAUGCUUCUCCUCGAGAAUGGACGAGCCAGUGAGAUCAUACCAGAAGACAAACUCAUUAAGGCAACUGUCUCUGAGCUGAAGUCUAAAAUCAAAUAUUCUGGCAACUCUCAGUCAAACUCAGAGUUUCUUGUGAUCCCCUCUUUCCUUGAGAAAUACCUUGAGAAUCGGUUACCAGUCUUUGUGGAAAACGCCCUGAAAGCCAUCAUGAUGACACAAGGCAGAGAGUACAUGAUUGAUCAGACAUUGGAAGCUGUCGGAGACGAGCAUCUCUACCAUGCCAUCAUCCCAGUGGACUUCCAGGCCAGUGGAGUGUUGGAGAAGAACAAACGCUGGGGGGACGGCCUGCAGCAGUUUCUGGAGAUGAAACACCAGCUGGCAACCACUCCUUUGUCCAAUGUGAUAAAUUACCUGUCAAACUUCCAUUACUUUCAAAAGUACCUCAAAGGGAAUGGGAUAUUUGGUGUGUCUGGGACAUUAGGGGGCGAUGCCGACAAAGAUUUCCUUGCAAGGCAUUACGAAACAGACAGCUACACAAUACCAGCUCACCGCCAUAAGAAGGUUGUUGAGCUUCCAGCAAUUCAGGUCAGUGGGCAAGCCCAGUGGAUGGAGAUCCUCUGUAAGACAGCAAUGAGAGUGGCAGACAGUGGUCAGGUUGUCUUGGUCAUAUGUGAGGAUGUCAAGACCGCAAACAAGCUUCUGAAGAAAAUAGGGGGCGAGAAUCCACAUCCCCCCAUCACAUUAUACACAAUCAGUGAGAAACACAACAUUGAGAGUACCAAAUUCAGAGGGGGACAUAUAAUCAUAGCCACAAAUCUAGGAGGUCGUGGAACAGAUAUCAAGGUUGAUCAGGAUGUCAACCUAUGUGGUGGCCUCUUCGUCCUCCUGACACAUUACCCUGGCAGUCGCAGAGUGGAGAAACAGGUGUUCGGAAGAACUGGUCGGAAGGGAAACCCGGGCGUGGUCCAGAUGAUCCUCCGUGGGGAUAACCUUGCCCCAGCAUACCAGGGCCAGCCUGUGGAGAUCAUGAGACAACUGAGAGAGGAGUACGAAGUCCAACGCAUCAAAGAUAUGGAGACAGAUGAGCUUCUCGAAAUCAAAAUAAAAGAGGACCUGUUUGGCACGUUUUGCGAAUUUCUUGACAAGUUUGACGGCAACUUCACAAAACAGGAGAGAGAUGACCUGUCGGGAAUGGGGCCGAAAGAUGUCCCUGAGUGUUUUAAAGAUAAAGGCCCUAAGUUUGAUUACCAGCCGGCACUCAAUGCUUUGAAAGAAACAUGGGCAUUGUGGCUUACCCUUCACGAGGAGCACAUCCGUCGGCACGAAGAUAUCAGUGUUCUUAAAGCAGACCUUCUUGAGCAUAUCACAAAUAGGGGCAACAUGCUGCUGAAUGGAAAAAGUCAAAACUUCUAUGACCACAUAAAGCAGGCUACCGGCAGAACUGACUUGCACCUCCGCAACAAAAGUAAGUGUGACUAUGAAGCAAAGUCCUACUGGAAAGAUGUUGAAGAGUGUGACCCUUUUUACAGUGCCGUGGCACUGUACAACCAAGCCUUCAUCACCAUCAACAUGGGCAAAGAUGGCUACAAAACAGAGGCAAGGGAAUUACUGGAAAGGGCAAAGACAUCUGUGGAUGUUUACUUGUCAGAAACAACAAAUACCAUGGUUUCUUUUCAGAUUGCCACAAGAGGCAACUUUGAACCACAUCAUGAAGGAGAACGCAACUUUCUAAAGCAAAUAGAUUCCAGGAUGAGCAUUCACAAAGCUUGGAUACUUAACAUUGACCUUGUGGUAAAUAAACUUAAAGAGCUUGAGGGGUGAAGGCACGGCCAUAACAGAGGUAUCCUCAGUGUACAGCCUCUCAGAAAAUCAAGACUACAUCACAGCAAAUGAACUCACGGCCUUGUAUGACAAUGGCCUGUGCAUUGUGUUUGAGGUGAAAAAGAAGCCAGAGUUCAGCUUUGACGCUUUGAUUUGUUUCUUCAUCGGUAUGUGUCAGGUCAUCCUUGGAGUUCUGGUUUGUGCCCUGUCGUUUGGCGCUGGAACCCAGAUUGGCUUCAGUCUCAUCUCUGAAGGAGUCUCCGACAUGAUUGAAGGGAUAACUGGCAUGAUAUCGGGCACGUUCGAUUGGGCGCAAUGGGCCAUCUCCAAAAGCAUCAGCAUUGGGAUGUCUCUGCUCUCCGCAGGGUUCAGCGCCAUUAAAAAAGUUGCCAUCACAGCAUAUAAAGUCCUCAAUGGUACUAAGAAACUCUCAUCUGUCGCAAAGGAUAUCAUUGGCACAGGAAAAUAUGUUUUCAAGUCCGCACAGGGAGCAGCAAAAUCUAUCUCCAAAGAAACAAUUAAGACUGCAACAAAGAAACUGGCAUCCCCUACAAACAUGAAGGUGGCUCUAAAACACGCAACCAAGUAUGCAUUUCAGGAGGUAGGGAAGCAGAGUGUAAUCGCAGGAAUUAACUACGGCAUUGAUGCUGGAAUUGGGGCCAUCUUUAAAAUGAUUUUAGAAAAAGCUUUCAAAGACAUGGUCACUUCAACAGUCAAACAGAAUGCCGAACUAGGUCUUAGUCUCACUAAGUACAUUGGCUCUGCAGUACCUAAAGGAGCUUUGCAGAACCGCAGCAAUUAUAAAAUUGACUCAAAGCUUGAACAACAAAUGAAAGAUUUAGUUCAAGUUAUGACAAAAGAUCUUAUUCCUGGCCUCAUGACUGAUGCCACCACAUCCCAAGUCAGUGAUGUUAUCAGCAGACUCUCUGAGGUGUGCAAUAAUGCAACUGACCUUGUGGAAAAAAGUGGGACACAUUUGAUUGCAAAAGGAGUCAAAAUAAGUGUAGAAAUAGCUAAACACACCACAACCUUGGUCCAAAUGAUUCAAUCCAUUCCUACAGAACAUGUUAUCAAUGACAUAUUUGUCCUCGAAUUAAAAAAAGAAAUUGAAGAGCAGCAAAGAAAUCUGGAGCAGUAUGACCAAGAUGGCAGACAUGACUUACCAGAUGUGAUUCGACUGAAGGAUGAGUUCCUAAGCUCCAUUUCGGAAAGUGUCUCCCAAGCAUUCAUAGAUGCUUGUGCUGGUCAUAUGUCCGACUUUGUGAAGCGACCAUUCAAGAAGAAGGUCAAUGCAGUCACUGGAAAAGUUGUUGACAAAGUAUUUGGCAGACACAAAACUAAGGUCUUUUUCCAGGACCGGCAGCAUAAACAUGAUAUGAAGUCAGCCAGUCAGAAGACUGGGAAAGCUCUGUCAGAGACUGAAACAAAAGAACUCCUGGACUAUGCAGAGAAGAUUGGUGAUGUUAAUAGACCAGCCUCGGCCCUGGACAUUUAUGUCCUCACAAACAGUGACCUGCUCCAUGGUAAAGGCAUCCAGUUCAAAGUGGUGGAUCAACAUGGGAAAACACUCUCAGAGGAGUCCUACCCGGGAACGAACAGCUCAGCCGGCCAAAUCACUCUACAGCUGACCAAAGAGCCUGAGGAAACACACAGGUAUUUGUCCUAAACUGUUUGGUAGACCUUCAUCAACAAUACUGCAAAUCUCCCCAAAUUAGGAUCUCUCCAAUUAGAACUACAUUAAUGAGAACCAAUGGUGCUCUUUAUUUCUGCUCUUUCAGUGAGAAAGGAAUCCUCUCUAAAGCAAAAGACAGAAUCCAAGGAGUGGAAAAUCCAUACAGUGGUCACUUCGACAUCAUCCAAGAUGGCAAAGUAAUCCCUGUGCGCUCAGAGAACCAGAACUGCCUGUACCAUGCCCUAGCACAGGCAAUAUCUAACAGGUCAGAGGAUGAGAUCAAGAGUCAAGCUGUGAAUCUACGAAACAACGUUAAAGACCAGGUACUGUAGGCCUACGCAUGUCUACGUAUAGUUUAAAUAAUUCUUAAACUAAGUAACUUCCUGAAAUAUGUAAUUUUAAUCAAAUCCAACGAAGGAACUCUAGGAAAUUAAGAUGAUUGGUAGAUACCAACUGUCCCUAAAUAAAAUAAAUGAAUAUAACAGAUUGCACCUUUAACCUUUGUUGUGGAGUAAUUGGAGUUAUUGAUACCUGUUAUGUCUUCCCACAGAUUAAAGGGAACCUUCAUGCUCAUAGUGAAAUGGUUAAAACCCAGAAGGCCUAUGAUGCACUCAAGAAAAAUCAUGGAAAAUAUGCUAUAGUUGGAGGGGUAGGGCCGACAGCACAGACGAGUGAUGAUGAGGAAUAUGGUCACGAUAUCAGUCCCAUGAAGUAUAUUCCUUAUAGUUCCUCAGGGAUAAAUGAGGAGGACAUAGCCUAUGUGUACCAACUUGGAUUAGUUGGUCCUUACAAAAGGUAAUUUAGCAUUAUAUUUGUUUUAUUUGUAUAUGGGCAUUGUUCAAAUCUACCAAUGUAAUUAUAAUGACCCUGCAUUGUUUCUACACUUGAAUACAUUAUUAAGACCAGAAAUGUAUAUAAUAAUUAAUAAAGCAUUGACAUACAAAUUGUAUAAAUAGAUGUGUUUACUUGAAUUGUACUUUCAUAGUACAACCUUUUCUCUUCUAUUCCCUCAUCAGAGUCAAAAACACCAGACUUAUCUCUGAAAAUAUGGAGGAAAGUGGCGUUGUGGAGGCAGACCAUAUCCCACCAAAGAGUUCCCUGAAGCAGGCCAGAGACCAACAAUCUCAGAUGAAAGAUCUUCAACAGAAGAAUCCAAAGCUUUAUGAAAUGAUAAACAGCAUUGGAUCAGAUUCAAAUGGAGAGAACCUGCCCACAAUGCGGGUUCUCAAACAGCAUCACAGGAAUGCUCUAACCACUGGAGCCAGUAAGGCAUCUGUCAUCUGCAGGUGAAUUAUCUAUUAUUAUACAGUGCAUUCGGAAAGUCAGACCCUUUGACUUUUUCCACAUUUUGUUACGUUACAGCCUUGUUCUAAAAUUGAUUAAAUAAUUGUUUUCCCCUCAUCAAUCUACACACAAUACCCGAUAAUGACAAAGUGAAAACAGGUUUUUAGAAAUGUUUGCAAAUGUAUACAAAAAAAAAAACUGAAAUACCCUAUUUACAUAAGUAUUCAGACCCUUUGCUAUGAGACUCGAAAUUGAGCUCAGGUGCAUCCUGUUUCCAUUGAUCAUCCUUGAGAUGUUUCUACAACUUGAUUGGAGUCCACUUGUGGUAAAUUCAAUCGAUUGGACCUGAUUUGGAAAGGCACACACCUGUCAAUAUAAGGUCCCACAGUUGACAGUGCAUGUCAGAGCAAAACCCAAGUCAUGAGGUCAGGUCGAAGGAAUUGUCUUUAGAGUUCCGAGACUGGAUUGUGUGGAGGUAGAGAUCUGGGGAAGGGUACCAAAAAAUGUCUGCAGCAUUGAAGGUCCCCAAGAACACAGUGGCCUCCAUCAUUUUAAAUGAAAGAAGUUUAGAACCACCAAGACUCUUCCUAGAGCUGGCCAUCCGGCCAAACUGAGCAAUCGGGGGAGAAGGGCCUUGGUCAGGGAGGUGACCAAGAACCUGAUGGUCACUCUGAAAGAGCUCCAGAGUUCCUCUGUGGAGAUGGGAGAACCUUCUAGAAGGACAACCAUCUCUGCAGCACUCCACCAAUCAGGCCUUUAUGGUAGAGUGGCCAGACGGAAGCCACACCCCAGUAAAAGGCACAUGACAGCCCACUUGGAGUUUGCCAAAAGGCACCUAAAGGACUCUCAGACCAUGAGAAACAAGAUUAUCUGGUCUGAUGAAACCAAGAUUGAACUCUUUGGCCUGAAUGUCAAGCGACACGUCUGGAGGAAACCUGGCACCUUCCCUAUGGUGAAGCAUGGUGGUGGCAGCAUCAUGCUGUGGGGAUGUUUUUUAGGGGUAGGGACUGGGAGACUAGUCAGGAUCGAGGGAAAGAUUAACGGAGCAAAGUACAGAGAGAUCCUUGAUGAAAACCUGCUCCAGACCGCUCAGGACCUCAGACUGGGGCGAAGGUUCACCUUCCAACAGGACAACGGCCCUAAGCACACAGCCAAGACAAUGCAGGAGUGGCUUCGGGACAAGUCUCUGAAUGUCUGGCCGAACCCCAUCGAACAUCUCUGGAGAGACCUGAAAAUAGCUGUGCAGCGACGCUCCCCAUCCAACCUGACAGAGCUUGAGAGGAUCUGCAGAGAAGAAUGGGAGAAACUCGCCAAAUACAGGUGUGCCAAGCUUGUAGCGUCAUACCCAAGAAGACUUGAGGCUGUAAUCACUGCCAAAGGUGCUUCAACAAAGUACUGAGUAAAGGGUCUGAAUACUUAUGUAAAUGUGAUAGUUCAAAUUUUUUAUUUUUAAUACAUUUGCUACAAUUUCUAAAAAACUGUUUUUGCUUUGUCAUUAUGGAGUAUUGUGUGUAGAUUGAUGAGGGGAAAAAACUAUUUAAUCCAUUUUAGAAUAAGGCUGUAACGUAACAAAAUGUGGAAAAAGUCAAGGGGUCUGAAUACUUUCCGAAUGCACUGUAGGUGCAAUCCAUCCCUUUCUUUCCGCCUGUGAUACACAACCGAGGCUGAAAUAAAAACACAGAAACAAACCUACUUUGAUUUAAUUCAAGCAGGGUUCCUGCCUGGUCCUCUUCUUAGAGUUUUCACUUGUAAAAAAUACCUUUAAUUUUGCUACAAUUUGAAAAGUUCCAUUCUUGUGGUGUAUUAGGAAUUGAAUACUUACCAUCUAUGCUGCUUCCCUAUUCGGAAUGUUCUCAAUCUCUUAACAACACUGUACAUGCCCUUCCAACUCAUAGGAAGCUGCUGGCGGAUACACUUGUAAGCGGAGAUGUGGAGAAAUCACUGAAGUUCUCUUUCAUCAUGGCUCAUCCGAUUGCUUCUGACCAGCUCAGAGCAGGUGAUUAUUGUCCUGUCUGUCCUUAUAUAGGAAAUUCUUGACUAGAUUUUUCUCAUUUCAGUUUGAAUAUUAACCCUUAAUUUGUUUAUGUUUUUAUUCUAGGAAACACCAAUCAACUUACCCCGGGAUCCAUUAUUAUGUCUCCUGAAGGAACAGUGUUAUACUACAAAGCUGGCUUCAAUCAGAUGCUGAAUCACCACUGUAAAGAGGGGAUCAUCGACCAGAAUCAGCUGGAAGAGGCUGAAGUCCUGGGUGGCCGACAAAAAGUACCUGGACCAGAACACCCCAGAGUAUAA